CCUCUGCUGCACCAUUCCUGCCCUGACCUUUGGAUAGAUACGGAGCUGUACUCGUGACAGUCACAAAGUCAACAUGGAUGUGCACAGAGUGUCGAACCACAACCAAAUGGAUUAUAACUUCGACGACAUGGAGCCCAAGCACGCUGGGAAAAUGCUGGGAUGCCAGGAGGACCGUUUUGACAGCGGCCUGGAUUCCUUAAAAGAGGACGAGCUGGUCCGCGACUUCGACGAAAUGAAUAUGAAGGAGGAGAGUACGCACGAAUAUGAACCUUGGAUGACGGCUCUGACAGAGGACGGUGACACGCUUCUCCACUUGGCUAUCAUUCAUGAAGCCAAUGAACAUGCCCUUCAGAUGAUCCAACUGUCUCACAACCACCCCUUCCUCAACGUACAGAACCACCAAAGACAGACUGCCCUCCACCUGGCAGUGAUCACAGAACAGCCCCAUUUGGUGGACAGGCUCCUGAAGGCCGGCUGCGACCCCCGGCUGGCCGACGACAGCGGGAACACAGCUCUCCACAUCGCCUGUAAGAGGGGCUCCCUGGCCUGCUUCGGCGUCAUUACCCAGAACUCCCAGCGCCACCUUACCUCCAUCGUGUCCUUCCCCAACUACAGUGGACACAACUGCCUCCACUUGGCGUCCAUCUACGGCUACAUUUCAUUGGUUGAAAGCCUUGUGGGCCUGGGUGCAGACAUCAACGCACAGGAACAGUGCAGUGGUCGGACGGCGCUCCAUUUGGCCGUGGACCACCAGAACCCAAUGCUGGUCCGUCGCCUCCUCGACCUCGGCGCCGAUGUCAACAGCUUAAACUACGGGGGCUUCACGCCGUACCACCUAACCUACGGCCGCCAGAAUGAAGAGAUCCGCUGCGAGCUGUUCGAGAGGACGGCGCAGGAGCUGAGGCCGCUGCCUGAAAGCGAGUCGGACGAGAGCGACAUGGACGACUUGGACCUGUCAGAUGACGAGCUGUAUGACGACAUAAAGUUUGGAAAGUAAGACCAAGCGUUCUUCUACUGGUGGUGUGAACAACAGUGAAGCUGCUACUGGGGAGUAGACGAAUCGGUAUACGUCCCCCCUACACAUAUAACCGCUCCAGAAGUCCACAGGGGCUGGCCGGGCUUGGCUGGGACCACAAACGGGAAUGAAGACAGAGUCCAGUCCGGUCCAGAACGGAGAGCUCGGAACAAUCUGCACCGACAAUCAUAAAACAGCGCGACCUUGACCUCCAUGUAGUCCUUUUACAUACUGUAUGAAUAUAUAUAUUGAUAUGUAUAUACAAGACUAGAAGUGUAAUAUAUUGUAAAUACAGAGAUAUUAUUUUUGUACCUGUAAAUAUGAUGUGUGAAUUUAAACACUAUUAACAGAAUAAAAAAAGAUGUUUAUGACUCUA